AUGUAUAAGGUACAGGUUGUGUUGGUUCCUCCCAGUGUGCGAGACAGUUUUGCUCCGCCGAAUCUUGCUUCGGCGUUGGAGGAUUCCUCGCAUCUGCUGAAUAAUGGUAUGGUUGCGGGUUUGCCAGCACAAGCUUCUGGCAACUUGCAGCAAACCAAUCCCGAGGUUUCUGCACUGUACCAGAACUGGACCAAUAACUCGUUCAUGAUGUCAAGUUUUUUGACUCAACCAAAGAUGAAGAGAUUUUUACACUUCACGAAGUCGAACAACACACUACUAGACUUGUCCCAAGAGAUCCUGGAUAAAUGUGAGAAGAUGUACCCGAACCUAACUGAAGAUAUUGAAAUAUUGAGUCUGCAAGACAGUAAUGCAUGCGAUCUGGAUCCAGACUUUGUCGUCAAAGAUGUUUUCAGUAUGGAUAAUACCGUACGUGUAAUAUUGAAGGACGAAUUGGGUGAGACAAACGAGCCUGCCCCCGUAUCGGUAUACGCCUCAGUGAAAAGGAGAAAGCUGAAUGAUGGUAAUCAGCAACUGGCCCCUGCGACUGCUCCUCAGGCCAGUGGAUCCCUCAAGGUUGCCAAGAAACGGAGCCAGAGCUCAACUAUCAAGGGCCCACCCAACCCUGGUUUGAGGAUAUCCACCCCGUUAGCGAAUCAAAUCUAUCCAAAUACUGUUACCAACAACUCUGAUGACGAGGAGGAAGUCGGGGAGAGAUCGUUUUUACCCCCACCAACGCAGCCGCAAUCUCCUCCAAUACGUAUAAGCUCCGGUAUUGAAAACUACAAAAAGGUAAAACACUCCACCGAUGUAGACACCGUUUCGAGAUCCGAAACGGUCGAUCCCGAUAAAUCAAGACAACAACGUAUCCUGUCUGAGACUCCUUUGCGAACAGCGAUGACCCCAAACAGAGUCACUCUUACUGGCCAGAGAGUUGUUUCAGAAAAUAACAAUGGGCCCAGCAAUGGGCUAAUCUUUACAAGCACUACCACCUCUCAACACCAAGUAAAUACUGCAUCAAGCCCUAGAAUAACAUCUGGUAUGCUUACAAUCCCAGAACCUAAAAUCGCGGAGGUUGAAGAAGAAUUGAAGGAGGGGCCUUCUAGCCCUUCCUCCCUUCUACCAUCUAAGGCGGAUCGUAUUCCUAUGAAAAAACCCUAUAUUGAAGAUCCGGCAGGCGUUGAUUUAGACGGAUCCAUAUCGUCGUCUUCAUCGUCAUCCUCUUCAACACAUUCGGAACCAGCUUCGAAACAACUCAAGAUUCACAAGCCGGAAUCACUUCAAGUGGGGGAAACUAGUGCGAAUGAAAUAGGUGAAGGUUCUCCUAUCAAGAACAGCCCCUUCAAUAACAUUCGACCAAACCAAGUACACAGAGAACUUGCUAACUCUAAGCAGAAAGAAACUAAUGCCCCUCCGAUUGUUAAAAACGGUGCAACAAAAAUUAAUGGCCAUCCAAGUGCUCCAGUGAGAAACCGCGAUUCCGAAAGGAAAAGUUCGCUUGAAGCUAAGGUAGAGAACAAAUCUUUUUCGCAGAAGAGUCUGAGAAGAAUAAACAGCUUUCCUGAAGAUGAUGAGGAAAGUUCAGGUAAGCGCUCUAGACUAGGGGAAACUGAUGAGCCUAUUUCUACUACUGAAGAUGCGGAGAGUUCGUCCGGCGCAGAUGGCGAGGACACUGUUCGUUACACUGAUAUCAAGUCUGAUUUACAUAACAACUCUCAUGAGCCCAUACUGAAAGGGGAUCUGUUGAAUAUAGUUGACAAGGAAGUUGCAAAAGAAGGGAAAGUAUCUCCUGUGACAAAUGCCAAAACGGCAAUAUUGGAAAAACCACAUAUACGCAUAAACAACUCAAAGACUGAUGGUAAAGAAGCAUUGGGCACGGAGAUCAACCCUAAUGGCAAAAAUAUUAUUAUUAACGAAAAUGAACAAAAAAAGGUAUUGAACAUCAAGGAACUGAAAAGUGAAUUAGUGGACAAAAACAGCGGCGCAAAAACAGGAAAACCUGUUCAAGAAAACACCAAACCUGAAGAAAGAAGCAAAUCAAUUUCCGCCGGUGUUCAACCACUUGCCUCCAGUACACAACCAUCAAUAGUCAGUCAACAACAAGGACACACACCGACUCUAACUCACCCCCCUGCUAAUAUUGGAUCGGUCAAAUCGAAACCUCUUCCUUUGAAGAAAGUUGUUAUUGAUAAGGGUAAUUCUGCUUCAUCAAAGUCCUCUUCAGAAGAAGAUAGUUCAACGGAAGAUAAUUCGUCUUCAGAUUUAUCAGACGACACUGAGGAGAAAACUCCAAGACUAUCGGCUAGAAAAGUAACGAUCAAGGCAGUUCUUGAACCUAGAACAGACGACCGUGACUCGGUUAAGUCUGCAAACUCGACAAAUGCAAAUCUGCCGGUAUCAGAGAAAAAGGGACAGUCCAUAUCUGUAUUGCAUGAAACCGAAGACUCAGAUUUUUCAUCCGAAGAAGCUUCUAGCUCAGAUGAUGAAAGGGUGGCUAGGGUCAAGAAAGUGACUAUGAAGGCAAAUCCAAAGAAACAAGUACAGGAAAUCGUAGAAAAAUCGAAGCCUCCAAUUCAAAAAUACGUCCCGCCUAAGAAAAAUCAAAAAGUUUACUUGAGUGCUGACUAUAUUGAUACUACGGACGAGGAGUCCUCAGAAGAUGAGGGUGACGACAAAGCGGACGAGCAAACUAAGAAAUUGGUGGAAGCAAAAACAGCCAACAAAAACAAUGUUUUUAAAGUGGAUCAUAAUCCUCAAAAUGGGACAGGCGUUGAAGCAGCAGAUAGCAAGAAGAAAACUAAGUCGAACCCUGUAAAGAAGACGGUUAAUCAGAAUAUGGAAAAACCAAAUGCUGCGGAAGAUGCAAGCCAUAAGAAGAAGGAAGAGUCCAAGGUUUUCCAAAAAACAGACCAAAAGGCGCUGAAGGAGACAGUUGAAAAAGCAAAUAAUACAGGAAACGUUGUUUCCGUGCAGAAGAAAGAGCCUAGUCAAAAUGUCGCCAAUUCUACUGUAAAAUCGAACAUGCCAAAUAAGAAGGACUUGAGUAAGCUUCUUGCGCCUAAAAAUGUUCAAACAAAGCCGGCUGAGUCCAAGCCUCUUCCUGGAACAGAGUUGGACCGUAAAGGUAGCAAGAUGGCAGGACCCAGCAGCUUUCCGGUAAAAGAGCCUUCCAAACCUGCACCGCUUGGUCCUGUUGUAGAACGUGAGGCGGAAUCGAAAAUAUCCACUGACGUUUUGAACGAAAACGUCAAAAAGGAUGCUAUAUCUUCAAAGUCUCAAAAACCCGUGGAGCCAGUAUCCAAGCCAAUAACAGGUACUGUCUCCAAGCCAGCAUCUACUCCGGCCUCCAAGCCAAUAACAGGUACUGUCUCCAAGCCAGCAUCUACUCCGGCCUCCAAGCCAGUAUCCACGCCAAUCUCCAAGCCGGUACCCUCACCAAAGCCUAAGGAUAGUAAGAUUGACAGUGAUGAAUAUUAUUCAACAUCAUCAUCCAGUAAUGAUGAUAAUGAUUCCUCCUCUGGCAGCGAUUCCUCCUCGGAUGGCGAUUCAUCGCAAGGGGAGGAAGACGUUUCGUCGUCAGCCAGACUCCUGAAGAGGAAGAUUGUUUCGCCACCAAGGGGUGUUGUGAACUCUUCCCAGAAGGAGCUACCAUCGGUAAAUCUCGAUAGUAUUACAGAAGUACCUCAAUCGACGCAGCAGCCGGCGCCUUCAUCGCAAGAGGCAAAGAGACCACCUCUGCGAAAGCAAUCGCUAGACAAACAAGACACACAACUUCCAUCGUCACAGCCACCUUCCUCCGGUGCUAAAAAGACGACUACAAAGAGCGCAUUAUCGAGUCUUCCUCAGAAGUAUCGUCCUUCAUUGAGUUCACUGUCUGACUUGGUUUCCAGAGGUAUCCCAGAAGUGAAGGAGAAGAACUCGAAGGCGGGCAAGUCUUCGCUAGUAAACAAGACAAAGCAGAUAAUCUCUGAGGAUAAAUCGUCCUCCGAUUAUUCAUCGUCCUCUGACGACUCCUCAUCCGGCGACGAUUCCGAGUCAGACUCGGGCUCGGAUUCCGGGUCAAACUCAGGUUCAGAUUCAGACGCGGACUCGGAUUCCUCAGAUUCUUCAGAUGACGACAAAAGCAAGUUUAUUAGUGCGAAGAGCGCCGGUGCUGCGCUAAAGAAGAAGAAGGCAAAUAAGAUAUCUGGCGGGUUUGCAUCUUUGGUAAGAGACUCGAAGCGUAAGACGUAG